GGUCUAUCCGUCAAUGCAGGAAGAACAAAAUGCCCAACUUUAUGCUUUUGUAGGCAGAUUCAGACUGUCACGUAUGAUAUUGUAAAUGCAAGUUAUGUACCCACUUCCCAGACUAAACAACAACAACAGAAGAAAACCACAAUGCAUGAGCAGUUACAUUUAUGCAACAAAAAUGGUGGAGAGGGAGUGAAUGAGCCUUUUGAAGGAAGAAAGGACCUUUAAGGCCUUCCAGAGGGAACAAGAUAAAGGGAUUCUUGAAGUCUGAUUUUGGUGGGUUCUAUUAGAUAUUUAAUCGGGUCUGGUUGGAAAAACUCUUCUGAGAUGGAGUCUGUUCUAGUAAAACCACUAUCUGGAGGUGAUCCUCAGGAAUGAACCAAGGAUUGAGUGGAAGAUGUGAUCAAGUGCUUUAUAAUGGUUGGCAAUAGAGUGUCAUGUUGCAAGCAGCUUUGAAAAUUGUGAAGGAUAAAGCACCAGAUUUACUUGAAAGCGUUGGUGCAUUUCAAAAGCUACCAAUGGUGAUGCCAUCAGUUGAUAUACUUUAUUCAGCAUUAAGGAAGGCAAAGAGGGUCCCACCCACAAAAGGCAUUGCUAAUAUUGCCAAGCGAGAGAGAAACAGAGGAGCAAAGCAACUUGAUGCACUAAUGAAAGAAUUGGCCAUUCCGUUAAGAGAAUAUUUGGAGAACUUCCCUAAGAGAAGAUAUUUGCACCCUUAUGAACAGUCACUUAUUGAGUUAACACUUGGUGAUGGAAACUAUGAAGAGGUGUUAAGAAAAGUAGAUACUCUGAGGAAAAAGGUGGUGUCUGUUGGAAAGGAACACGCUUCAGUCUGUGCUAAGUCCUUAACGAAACGAGAGGCUUUGGAGCGGUUGAAUGAGGGUCUAGAAAAGCUUGAAGAAACUUUUAAACGUGAAGGAAAGGCAGUUGAUGAUUUAUUGAACAUUGCCAAGACUUUGCGGGCUAUGCCAGUGGUUGAUCUAGAAACACCAACUCUUUGUCUUGUUGGAGCUCCUAAUGUUGGAAAAUCAUCCUUGGUUCGAAUACUUUCAACAGGGAAGCCUGAGGUUUGCAAUUACCCUUUCACAACUAGAGGAAUCCUAAUGGGCCAUAUUGCUUUUGAAUUCCAGCAUUUUCAGGUGACAGACACCCCAGGACUUCUAAAGAGAUGUGAUGAGGACAGGAAUAAUUUGGAAAAAUUAACGCUUGCUGUCCUCACACAUUUGCCAACAGCAAUACUUUACGUUCAUGAUCUCACUGGAGAAUGUGGUACCUCAGCUUCUGAUCAGUUUGUGAUAUACAAAGAAAUUAAAGAGAGAUUCAGUGAUCAUCUUUGGCUUGAUGUUGUCUCCAAAUGUGAUCUCUUGCAAGAAUCUCCGGUGGUCUUCAUUGCAGAAGAUGGCAAUAAUGGUCAUUUGGAAAUGGCAAGGUACCAUAAAAUGGGACCCAGUGGAGCAAUCCGUGUGUCAGUAAAGAGUGGAGAAGGACUCGAUGAGCUGAAAGUUAAAGUGCAUGGACUUCUAGUUGCCCAGAUGAAGAGGAUCGGAAAUAUGAAAACCACAGAAGAUAAACUAGCUAAUAGAAACCUAUGGGGACUUCUGUUGAUGCUGCAAUAAAGGAGGAAAAUGGAAAUAUAGCUGAGAAGAAGCCUACAGUUGUUUUUGUUUUGGGUGGCCCAGGCAGCGGAAAGGGUACCCAAUGUACAAACAUUGUCCAGCACUUUGGUUAUACUCAUCUCAGUGCUGGAGAUCUUCUUCGAGAAGAAAUCAAGUCUGGCUCUGAAAAUGGAACCAUGAUUCAAGACAUGAUUAAGGAGGGGAAGAUUGUGCCUUCAGAGGUGACAAUUAAGCUUCUUCAAAAAGCAAUGCAGGAAAA